AUGGCAGAGGCAGCCACCCUGGAUGCACUGUGGAAAGCAGUGAAGUGCCCCGUCUGUCUCAACGAUCUGAAGAUCUCCAUCACCCUUGGGUGUGAACUGCAGAGAGGGAUUGGUCACAAGCAAGAGCCAGCUGGGAAGGGUGAUAGAUAUUGCCAGGAUGCUGCAUCUAGGAGCAAGGCAGAGAGUCAGGGAGAAUCACCUUUGUGCGAGAAGCACAACUUGGUGUUGACCCCCGUCUGUGAGGAGGACCUGGAGUUGUUGUGUCUCCAUUGUUCUUGGCCUGCUGAGCAAAAAGGCCACUGUGUAAGGCCCAUUACUGAGGCGGCCUCUGAACACAGGGCUCAGAUCUACAGGUGCAUCAAGCCCCUCAAGAGGCAAGUAGUGGGCCUGGCGCAGUGGCCUGAGACACUUCUCUCAAAGGCAGAUGAAGGCAAGAAUUACCUCAAACACAAAUGUGAUGAAGACGUGAGGGCCUUUGUAGAUCACAUUUCCACACUCACAUGUCUGCUCAUGGAGCUUGCCGAGAAGAGUGUGAUGUCAGAAGUGGAACUACUGAUGAGUAUCAAGGGCAUCCUCUACAGGUGUGCAAACCUGAAGCCUUGGCUCUGCACCCACUCCAAACAAGGACAACAAGAGCUUUCUUGUGCCCUACCAUGUCUAGCUCUGAGGUCCAAGUGGGCACUAAAUCCACAUGGGCUGUGGGGGGUUGUGCAGAAUCUCUUCGCAGAAGGAAAAAUCAGUCCCCAAAAUCCCUGUCGGGCAAUUCAAAUGCACCAUGGUGAGUACAUGGCUUGGGGUGCUAGGCCAGUCACCCUUCGGCUGAGGGAAAAGCCCUCACAGGUUGGCAUUUUUCUGGACUACAGUUUGGGUGAGAUUUCCUUCUACAAUUUAAGUGCCAGGUCUUAUAUCUAUUAUUUCAUGGACAAAUUGUUUGAGGUGCUGAGGCCAUAUUUCUACCUGGCGUGUGAUUCAAAGCCUUUCAGGAUCUGGCCCGUAACAGAUGUGGCAGACUAA